AUGAAAGCUGUACUAUUUUUAUUUCUAACAAUACUUAGUAUUAGUAAUGGGAUGCGACUUCAAGCUGUGCGGGUUAAAGGUCAAUUAAAGUGUGGUGAUAAGCCAGCAUCAGGUGUUAAGGUUAAACUGUGGGAUGAAGAUGAUGGACCGGAUCCGGAUGAUGUAUUGGAUGAAGGUGAAACAGAUAGGAAUGGUAAUUUUAAUCUUGAAGGUAGUACCCGAGAAUUAACGAGUAUUGAUCCAGUACUUAAAAUUUAUCAUGAUUGUGAUGAUGGCAUUAAACCUGGCAAAAGAAAGAUUAAGCUACGUAUACCAAAACAAUAUAUUUCUGGCGGUUCGACUGCAAAGAAAGCAUUUGACGUUGGUGUACUGAAUUUGGAGACAAUAUUCCCAAAAGAGGAACGUGACCUAAUAUGA